AUUAAAAUAAAACCAGCAUGACUUCCCUUCAUUUCUCUACUGAAUGCAUCAGUGACAGAGAACUCCUCAAUGAAUAUCAGGACUUGAAAGCCAAGUACGACAGCAUCCAAAUCACCCAGAAAGAGUUCCUCGAUGAAAUGGUCAGGCUCGAGCACGAAAACAACGAGUUCAAGAAAGAAAUCAAAAUUUGUAAAGACUUCAUGGCUUCUACAGAGCGUGAGUACAACUACUACUGUCAGCCAGUGACUUCAACUUCAAUGAAGCAAGUAGCUGAAUUUCUGAAGAUCCCUUACAGUCCUGGAGACCAGACUCUCAACUUAGUUGUAGACUCUCACAAUGAGAACACUCCAAGUGACUUCAGAGACAGCAGGUUCGGAGACUACCACUCAUUCCGUGAACGCUACAACGAGCGAGCCAACCAGACGCUUGUUGAGAGCGGUUUCUGGAAUGACAGUGAACCCUCUCAAGAUAUACUCGACCCUGAGGCUCAGAAUGACUCAAAAGCCAACAAAUUUAUACAGAUCGUUGAGCAGAACGAACAAAUCAAACGAGACAUGGCCCACACCGAAAUCCAGAACGCAAACUUGAUUUCUCAGAGCAAGUACAACCAAGAACGGAUCAGCAAACUUAUCAGCGAGUUGUCCAGAGCCAAGACCCACAAAGCUGUCUCUGACACUCAACAUGGUGCUGACACCAACAGAAAGUUACAGUUGGAAGACGUUGCAGACACCACUGACAUCGCUGCCAUCCGAGCCAUUGAAGCCAUCGGAGACACUGAUCAGAUGCAGCACAUGCAGAGUGGAGAGCCUGUCCAAGGCCCUAAACGGACUUGUAGUCAGCCAGACACCGCUCGCACCAGUGCUCGAAGUGGAAAGAGCACCUCAAAUGGUAGGAAUGGUUGGAGCAAACAGUCGAAGCCUCAGGAAUUGUCGAUAGCCAAGAAUGACCACUCUGACACACAAGAUGCCAGUUUCUUCGAUUGGACCAAAGCUCAAGAUGCCAGUCUUUGUUACUCAGAGUCCUGAUAUGUAAUGUUGCUUGAAGCCAGGUGUUCAAAGCCAAUAUCCAAAGACACCAGAGCCACUUAAACAAUGCCAGCAGCAUCGUCAGCAUCAGGUGUGAAUGCCUGCAUGCUCGUUAAGACAAGCCAGUAUGCUUCAGAGUCAGACUUAGAUGUGCAAGAGUGGCUAUACUCAGUUAGUGAACAUUCUGAAUGUGUAUUCAGAGCCAGCCAGACUCAACUCUGUCUGAAGCUGAGCACUCUGCACUUGGACGUCUGAAAGUCUGAAACUAUACUGCUGUGUAAGCACCUUAGUGUUAAUGUUUCAUGCUAGAAUACAUGUCAAAUGAGUUGGGACAAACAACUGCUGUUGAACCAACACAAUCUUUCUG